CAGCUUAGGACUUUCAGAUCCUUUAAAGGUCCAUCUGCUGCAGAGUCCAGUUCAGGUCCAGACCACAGAGAUGGUGAAAAUGGGAUUAUUUCCAGCCGUGCUUCUCGUCACUCUGUUUGCCAUCAUCAGCACAUCAGAGGCCAGUCCUGGGGCAACUGGUCAAAGUUGCAUCAAUCGAGUAUGCACUCUUCAAUACAGUCCCAUAUGUGGCAGUGACGGAACGACAUAUCCCAAUCAGUGCUUCUUCAACCAGGCGAAGAGAUGCGAAAAUCCUAGGCUGAGGAUUCGUUGCUAUGGAGAAUGCCAUAAAUGUAGAACUUAAUGAUUGACAGAAGGUCUUCAUUAACAAUGGAAGAAAUAGUUGUAUAGAUAAUACAUAAAGCCACUGUAUCAUCUAUGUAAACCUUCCUUCAAGUAUGCCACUGUAGACUUGCCUAAGAAUUCUUCCAUGGAAUAUCUACACCAUUCAUUGAAUUUGUUAUCACGGAAGUAUGGUAUCAUUUGUGAAAAAACGAUGAAUAA